UUGUUACUGCUAUACUUUUUGAGGUAUUAAAAUGGAUCACUGACUGCCGUUACUACCUUCCCAAACCUCUGGGAAUCUAAGAACCUCAGAAGCCACAGAAGAAGUUUCUCUGGAUAGUCCAGAAAGGGAACCUAUCCUGUCUUCAGAACCUUCUCCUGCAGUCACACCUGUGACCCCUACUACACUCAUUGCUCCCAGAAUUGAAUCAAAGAGUAUGUCUGCUCCUGUGAUCUUCGAUAGAUCCAGGGAGGAGAUUGAAGAAGAAGCAAAUGGAGAUGUUUUUGAUAUAGAAAUUGGUGUAUCAGAUCCAGAGAAAGUUGGUGAUGGCAUGAAUGCUUACAUGGCUUAUAGAGUAACAACAAAGACUUCUCUGUCCAUGUUCAGUAAGAGUGAAUUUUCAGUGAAAAGAAGAUUCAGUGACUUUCUCGGUUUGCAUAGCAAGUUAGCAAGCAAGUAUUUACAUGUUGGUUAUAUUGUACCACCAGCUCCAGAAAAGAGUAUAGUAGGCAUGACCAAGGUCAAAGUGGGUAAAGAAGACUCAUCAUCCACUGAAUUUGUAGAAAAACGGAGAGCAGCUCUUGAAAGGUAUCUUCAAAGAACAGUAAAGCAUCCAACUUUACUACAGGAUCCUGAUUUAAGGCAGUUCCUGGAAAGUUCAGAGCUGCCUAGAGCAGUUAACACACAGGCUCUGAGUGGAGCAGGAAUAUUGAGGAUGGUGAACAAGGCUGCCGACGCUGUCAACAAAAUGACAAUCAAGAUGAAUGAAUCGGAUGCAUGGUUUGAAGAAAAGCAGCAGCAAUUUGAAAAUCUGGAUCAGCAACUUAGGAAACUUCAUGCUAGUGUCGAAGCCUUGGUCUGUCAUAGAAAAGAGCUUUCAGCCAACACAGCUGCCUUUGCUAAAAGUGCCGCCAUGUUAGGUAACUCAGAGGACCAUACUGCUUUAUCUAGAGCUUUGUCUCAGCUUGCAGAGGUGGAGGAGAAGAUAGACCAGUUACAUCAAGAACAAGCUUUUGCUGACUUUUAUAUGUUUUCAGAACUACUUAGUGACUACAUUCGUCUUAUUGCCGCAGUGAAAGGUGUGUUUGACCAUCGAAUGAAGUGCUGGCAGAAAUGGGAAGAUGCUCAACUUACUUUGCUCAAAAAACGUGAAACUGAGGCAAAAAUGAUGGUUGCUAAUAAACCAGAUAAAAUACAGCAAGCUAAAAAUGAAAUAAGAGAGUGGGAGGCAAAAGUACAACAAGGAGAAAGAGAUUUUGAACAGAUCUCUAAAACAAUUCGAAAAGAAGUGGGAAGAUUUGAGAAAGAACGAGUGAAAGAUUUUAAAACUGUUAUUAUCAAGUACUUAGAAUCAUUAGUACAAACACAGCAACAGCUGAUAAAAUACUGGGAGGCAUUCUUGCCUGAAGCCAAAGCCAUUGCCUAGCAAGAAGAUUUCUGUUACGAAGAUCUUGGAUGUUUGUUCCAGUUACGCUGAAUUCCACAGUGAAAUCAUUUAAAACCAUCUAAAUAAACCACUCUAUAUUUUAUGAAUUACAUGUGGUUUUUUUAUAUACAUAUAUAUGUAUAUAUAUAUACUCUGACAUUUUAUUACAAGCUGCAUGUCCUGACCCUCUCUGAAUUAAGCGGACUGUGGCAUGACAUUCUGCAGUACUUUGCUGAAUUGAACACUAUUGUGUCUUAAAUACUUGCACUAAAAAGUGCACUGCAAGGCCAGAAAAUUUUACAGUAUUUUUUCUUUACAAUACAUUCUGUAGUGUGUUUGCCCUCUUUAUGGAGUGAGUUAUCAAUGCAUUGAUUAAUGUUCACUUAUACAUUCCUGUACAGAAAUUAUGAUUUCGUGAUUACAGUAAUAAAACAAUAUUCCUUGUGAA